AUGACUGACAUUGACGUGGCCAGUCAUUAUAAUCUCCCAGAGGAGUUCCCCGAGGAAUGGCCCGCAGCGCUGGACGAGCCUGAUCGGUCCGAUGAGGAGCCUGUUCAACAAGCCAAGUCCCGCCCCCGCAAGUCGCGUUACUUUGCGCUAGAGCGGACACCAAGUGACUGGCGGAGUAAUCUUGGGUCUCGCAGAGGCAGAGAAGCUCGGGAGAAUGUGCAAAACGACGAGCCCGACCCAUUGGGUACUGGCGACAGCGUUCUCCGGAUCCUCAAACAGAGAGGACUGCGUCCAGAAGAGGAAGGGGGAAGCGAUCACGCACACCACUCUGACUCAAUUGAUACCCUCAUGGCCGGUUUGAAUAACUUGUCGCAGUCCAUCGACCAAAAGUCAGCAUCGCUGAAAGUUCUCGUCGAAGCGAAUUUUGAGCGCUUCGUUCGCGCCAAGGCAACUAUCGAUAGUGUAUACACGGAGAUGAGAGAUACUGGGGAAAUCCCACGAGCAAAACCUGUCUGCUCGGUCGUCACCAAAAAGACCGCUCUUGUUAAGGAAAGCGAGUAUGGUAUUAAGGGCAUUCGAGGUCCAUUGCUGGAAGCGUCCGUAAAGGCCGAGGAAGUGUGGGGGCCUGCUCUUGGUGGUCGAGACCGAGAACAGAUGCUCAAAUCCGUUGUGGAUACUAUGGAGAAGCAUCGCGAUGUCUACGAGAUUGGAAGCCGCUUGUCCAAAGCCAUUCAGCAACGCGACUACGAAUCCGUUUUUGAAGAAUAUAUCAAGGCGAGAACCUUGGCGAAUCGGGCAAAGAAUCUUGUGGAGCAGGCCUCCAGUAGCCGCCGACAGUUGAACGACCUUGAGACACAUGCAAUCUUGGCCAUGGGGCGAAUGUGGAUGGAUGUUGACCAACAGAUUCAUGCCUUCAAGAACGACCUUUGGAGACGUCUCAGCGACGCACCAACCAUAUCGACCACAAGUACUGCAUCGGGCCCUGUGGAAGAGCAUAUGGAACUCAUUGGAGCCUUGUUAGAAUUGGGCGUCGAUGACAAUCCUAUCUGGACGUGGCUCCACAGCCGCUGCGAAUUCCUGAAAACCAGAAUUACCUCAUUCUGUGAGCGCUGCAAGGUGGAGAUAGAGAUUUUGCGACGCAGGCUUGCCGCAGGAGAGGAACCUAUGCCUCAAAUCACGGCGUCCCAUCUUCGUCUAGCACCUCGCGAGUUCCCUGCAGAAUCUCCUGAAAGACUUGAUACGGAUCAUGUCAUCGAGCUGUGGGAUUGUGUCCAGGCUUUCCUGACCCGCCUUCUUUCGUCCCAGAGUGGAUUGUUAGGCGAGGUGCUGGACUUCUGGGAGGUAGCCCAGUCCUUCAUUGACGGCACCCGACAACGACUUCUACCCGUCGGAUUCGAGGGUGAAAGCCGGAAGCACCACCGCCUCUCCCCUGAGAACAUUCAUCAUUUAGAAAAGGGAGUUGUGGACCUGGUCAAUCUCAUCCGCAAAAAUGUCUUGUCUCUGUUCAACGAUCCUCCCACUGAAGAUGUCUCGCUCCUCUCCUCACCCAUUCCGCCGAGUCCCACAAGCCCAGCCUCGAGGGGUAUCACGCCUACGGAGUCACAAUUCAAGUUAGACCCGAAGAAUCUGCCCUUCCCGGUGCCUAAGAAGGGAGAGCCGUGGGAAGAUUAUGCCUUUUGGCCCCCCUUCUCCAACUCGCUGAGUGGUGCUCACUAUCUCAGCAAGUUCCUUGUUAUUGUUGGCACCGCUGCCAGUGAGAUGGCAGCUUUGCGUCCAGUCAAUAAUUCUGGGCCCACCCGUGACUUCCUCAAAGCGCUUGUGAGUAUUGCUCGUGAGCGAUCUGCUCGAGUAGCGUGUGCGACAUGGAGCAAGGAUGCGGAAAUUUGCAAGAUGUUGGAAGACUGGACGCGUGACACCGAGAAACGAGAUCUGACCAAGAUGCCUGGCUUCUUCGUAGCUUUUGAAAGCGCCAAUCUCAGUGGUCUACAGAAGAUCCUCUACAUUUCUGAGGCCAUGUCCAAUGCAGGGUCCAUGGAUGUCGUAACUCCACCUCCCGCCAAGCUGCUUCAAAUGGUCCGCACUCAGUUCGUGUCGAGUGUUUACAAGGCACUGAGUGGAUUGGUUGAGAACGCCGAGCGCUUGACACCCUCGGGCGAGGAGAACGAAUGGGUAAUUUCUAGGCCUGUCAUGACGAGUCAGGCUCUUGAUGCUGCUUUGUCCGUCCUUGCUGCAGACUCGGUGGAUUCAACCGACAGGAAUGUUCGAAUUCUCCUAACUCUAUCAAACCUCAAAGCUCUUCAGGCUGAAUACGUGCCCCAGUUGAUUGCCAACUUUGAGACGUCAUUCUCUGUCAAACUGACAGAAGAGGCCAAGACGGUCCGGGAUGUUCUGAAGCAAAUUGAGGACCGUCUGUUCCAGUCAUACACCGAGCCGACCAUUGCCACGUUGAAUGAGACUAUCAUGAAUGGCAUCUCGGCAGCUGACUGGGUCCCAUCAACUGAUAGACCAGAUCAAGUGCGUCCCUAUGUCUACAACACGAUGUUGACACUCGUGCUGGUGCAUACUGAGAUCACCACGACCAUCCCGUCCAGCGUAUCGGCUAGUUCUAGUCGCUCUUCACCAAAUGCCCCGUCGUCUUUGCUCUCGACGGUACUCACUCAUCUACUGGUGAAGGUCUCUUCAUCUUUGUUGGCCGCGUUUAAAACUCGAUCCAGCUUCUCACUUGCUGCCCUGAUGCAAGCUACCUUGGACACCGAGUUCAUUGCACAAACAUUGUCACAAUAUUCAACCGACGAAGCAUCCAACACCCAGAGCCAGAUUUACGUGGAACUGGACCGUCGAACCACAAACGAGGCUCGCACCAAACUUCAAGCCGAGCUAGGAGAAAUGAGAGUCGUCUUGAAACGACUGAGAGACCGGACCAAGGGCGAAUUCGCCUGUUUCCGAAAGUCACGAAGCGGCGGCUCCAAGACCUCCAUUGCCACUUAG